GGGGCGGACACCCGGCACCGCCGCCUGCUGCUCGGCAACGGUGGCGUCUCCCGGCGCAUGCGCGGCGUUGUCCUGGAAGGAGAAGCGGAAGUGACGCAGUGACGCGAGGUGAGAGGUCGGCGUCGCGGCGGCCGCUUUCUUUUCCGGUCUGGGAGCCAUCGCGGCGGGAGUCUCGAGAUGGGGAAGUUCAUGAAGCCGGGGAAGGUGGUGCUGGUGCUGGCCGGCCGCUACUCGGGGCGCAAGGCCGUCAUCGUGAAGAACAUCGACGAUGGCACUUCCGACCGGCCGUACAGCCACGCCUUGGUGGCCGGCAUCGACCGCUACCCGCGGAAGGUGACUGCCGCCAUGGGCAAGAAGAAGAUCGCAAAGAGGUCCAAGAUCAAGUCCUUCGUGAAGGUUUACAACUACAACCACCUGAUGCCCACCCGGUAUUCCGUUGAUAUUCCUCUGGACAAAACAGUGGUCAAUAAGGAUGUGUUCAGGGACCCCGCUCUAAAACGCAAAGCAAGACGUGAAGCCAAGGUGAAAUUUGAGGAGAGUGUAAAGGUUUAGAGCAGGUCUAGUUGCAGCCCAGGCUGAAGAGACCAGGCAGAUUACUCCGGGUAAGCCGGGCACUGCAUCCUGCCUGUGUGGGAGGAUACGGACAGCUCAGGUGCAGGUCUUGUGCUGCUUCCGGCUGGUACGGAGUGUUCUCUUAACUGUUGUGUUCCCCUUCUUUCAGAUACAAGACGGGCAAAAAUAAGUGGUUCUUCCAGAAGCUGCGGUUCUAAAGGUGUAACAAGGUUGCAUCAAUAAAUGUUUAUCAAAAACCA